AAGGUAGCUGCAAAACAGUCGUCAGUUGUUUGUGGUCGAGGCACAACCGAUCAUCGCAUGGAGUGAGUGGCCCGCGUGGCAAACCUCAAACGUUUAGUGAUAAAAAAAAAAAAACAAACCAUUGUGGAAUUGGUUGAAAAGCGCCGGCAAUCGUAAAUUUUUCGGAAGAAAUUAAGUAGAAAUUAUCAACAAAUUAUGAUAUGCAAAAUAAAAAAAAAACAAUUGAAAAAUAUAAUUGUUAAACAACAAAGCGCUCAAAAAUAAUUACGAUAAUCGUGUCAGUUUGAAGACAUUUGUGUUUGUUUAUAUGUAUUUUUGGAAAACUUACGCUUGAGUACCUAAUAUUCAGCGUUUAUGGGUGUAUGUGGGAAUUUCAUACAAAUGUCAACAAAAUGUCAAGAUUAAUGGAUAACUCUUUUGCACUCAGCAAAUUUAUAAUUGAUGGUCGCAUAUCGGGAGCAGUUGUUUUUACGCUGUUUGUGGUGUUGUGUGUGACCCCUCAGGCGUUAUCUGAUUCCGUAAAUGUGGUGUACUUGAAUCGCAACUGGUCGCUGAGGAAUCAAAAUGGAUCCAUCUAUAUUAAGGAUGUUAUUAUACCCAGUGGGGUCUACUCGUCAAUGUAUGGUGAAAAUGUUUUGGAUUCCUGGAAUGAUGUAAACUUACGAUGGAUAGCUUAUGACAACUGGACGUACACCAAUGAAUUUUCUGUCAACACUACAGAACUGAAGAAUAUCCGCUUCAAAAACCUUACGCUCUAUGGCAUCGAUACUGUGGCCGAAGUGCGCCUCAAUCAUUAUCUCUUGGGUCGUACUGAUAAUAUGUUUGUGCGCUACUCCUUUGAGAUAUCCAAGUAUCUGAAGGAAGAAAAUCUCUUGGAAAUUGAAAUCCUUUCGCCCGUCCAUGCUGCCUUGCAAAAGGCCAAUGAGUUGAUGGCCCAAGGUAUUGAGGUGCCUCCGAAUUGCCCCAAUCCCCGUUAUCAUGGUGAAUGCCACAUGAAUAUGCUGCGUAAAAUGCAGGCCAGUUUCUCUUGGGAUUGGGGUUUGGCUGCCCCCUCCAUGGGCAUAUGGAAGACAGUGGCAUUGGAGUAUUAUGAUGUAGCACUGAUACGUGAAGUCGAUGUGGCCAUGACAAAAAAUGAUACCCAUUGGAAUAUGGAUGUGCGUGUGUUUAUCGAUAGUGCUGGACAUCAUGAUUUCUAUGCUGAAUUGACUUUUUAUGCAGUUGAGCUACUUAAGAAUCCCCUGAUAAUCAAUGAUUACACCAAAGUUCCAAUUAGUUACAAGGCUCCUGUCAUUAUGUUUCAGGUGGCCUUUCCAAUUAACAAGGUUACUUUAUGGUGGCCCAAUGGCCAUGGAGAACAAAAACUCUAUCCUUUACACUUUAGCCUAAAGGCUUGGUGGGAUGCAAGCGGCACUAGUCUAAGAAAUAGAGUCACUUCGAAAAAGUCAAUACGUGUUGGUUUUCGUACCAUCGAAUUGGUGGAGGAUGCUGUCAGCGAAGGUACUGGAAAUUCUUUCUUCUUUCGAGUGAAUGGCAAGGAGAUCUUUAUGAAGGGCAGUAAUUACAUACCAAGUCAUAUAUUGCCUGAAUACAGUUUUGAUGCCCUCAGAAUUGGUCAUCUCUUAAACUCAGCGAAGGAGGCCCAUCAUAAUAUGAUUCGCGUCUGGGGUGGUGGCAUAUACGAAUCCGAUUAUUUUUAUGAUUUGGCCGAUGCGUCUGGUAUUUUGAUAUGGCAAGAUAUGAUGUUCGCUUGUGCCAUGUAUCCUACAACCGACUCAUUUUUGGCAUCGGUACGUAAAGAAGUUGUGCAAAAUGCCCAAAGGCUCUCCCAUCAUGCAAGUGUUGCCAUAUUUGCUACAAAUAACGAAAAUGAAGUGGCCAUAGCCCAAAACUGGUAUGGCACCAUGGAGGAGAGAUAUAAAACUGAAUAUAGGGAAUUAUAUUUGGCAACGGUGGUGCAUGAACUCAAGGUGGUGGGGCAUAAUGAUAGACCCAAUCCAUUGGUGUCAUCGCCAUCAAAUGGCAAGGAAUCGGCUAAGGAUAAUUAUAUAUCGGAAAAUCCUCAGGAUCCCAAUUAUGGAGAUGUACACUUCUAUGAUGUCUUCAAAGAUGGCUGGAAUCCCUCCAUAUAUCCUCGUCCCCGUUUUGCUUCAGAAUAUGGCUUCCAGAGCAUUCCCUCGCUAACGGCCUGGCGCCGUUCCAUGUAUGACAAUGAUAGUUUAAGUGAUCUAAUAGAACAUCGGCAACACCAUCCUUUGGGCAUGUUGGCCAUCACUACUUUGGUUAGGCAACAUUUUCCUUUACCCUUGCCGGAGGAUGAUAACUAUUUGGAGGGCUUGGCCUAUUUCAGUCAACUUACACAGGCAAUGGCUACCAAAGUGGAGACAGAAUUUUAUCGCAGUCUACGCAAUACUGAGCACAGAACUAUGGGCGCCCUCUAUUGGCAAUUGAAUGAUGUAUGGGUGGCUCCCUCAUGGUCGGCCAUAGAUUUUUAUGGAAAUUUCAAGCUACUGCAUUAUUGGUCUAAGGAAUUCUUGGCUCCCAUUGCCAUUGUGGCUUUGCCGGAUAGUAGAACCAAUUCCAUAAAUGUCUCCUUGAUAUGUGAUGACUUUAAAGUGGAGACAGAAGGCUUGUAUGUUUCGAUGCAUAUUUACAAAUGGUCUCAAUUAUAUCCCAAGGAUACCAAAACCUGGCCAGCAACGUUGGUUCCUAAUGGCGUUCAUUAUGACAAAGUGAUACCCAUUGACGGCAUCAUGAAUGGUGAAUUCACCAAACAAAAUAGUUUUGUGGAAUUUGUACUACAUCGUUAUAAUCAAAUAAUGGCGCAUACUUUUUAUUUUCCUACAACAUUUAACAAUGUACAGGCAAUAAAGGAUCCUGAAUUGGAUUUGGAAGUUCGCAACACCUAUUGUCGCACUGCAGCAAAUGUCAAACUCAACAGUUUUAGUCUUGCCCUGACCACCAAAUAUCCUGCUAUAUUUGUCUAUAUAGAAUUGUUGUUGGAGUCACGAAACGACAUUAAAAAUUAUAAAUUAUCUAAGAAUGGUUUUAUGCUGACCUCUGGCAGUUGUGUUGUCCAUUUGGAGUUUGAAUCAUCGAAAUGUGUUAAACUAAAGAGGAGUGAUUUGAAUGUGUUGACGGUCAAUCAGUUUUUAAAAGUUUAAUUUAAGGAUAUACCAAGGAUCGUUCGUUAUACAUCCUCAUAAAUAUUUUAUCGAACAAAAUAAAAUUUUUACAUUUUA